AUGCCUUACCGCCGAGACGAAAACCCGGCCCCUCUCCACCCCUCCAACAGCCCAGAAGCGCUCGAGCAUCUGGCCCCGUUCGAUCCCUGGCCGCGCCGCUCCUUUCCUCUGCCAGAGGGCUUCCUCCCGCUCCACGGGUCGUCGGACCUGCGGGUCGUGAGCAAGCAGCUGCCGCGUUGCGCGUCGGAGGCCGUGGUCGUGGCUGAUUCAGCUUGGUCCCCGCUGGAGGAUGAGUGGAGCGGGAGUGAAUUUGAUCCGUACGUGGUGGCCGAUGGGUUCAAGCACGCCCUAAAUUUUUGCGUCAAGCUGCAGCGCAUCUGCAGCAUAGCGCAUCGUUGA